UCACAUGCCGUCGGCAUAAGAAAGAUUCAUUACAAUAGUGAUUGUCGGAGGAUACAGGCGGAUUAUUUUUGCGUUUUCUCCGUUCUUGAUUUUAUUGCCACACAACAUAAACUAUGGCAGAUACGAAGGUUGAUUCCGCGACAGAGAUCUCCGCAAAGGACCUGAAGGAGAAGAAGCUUAUCGAGGAGAAGGAAAACGGAAAAGAGACAACUAAUGGAAAGGAGAAUGAAGAGAAUGGAGAACCAGAAAUUGAUGAUGAGGAAGAAGAUGAAGUAGAUGAGGAAGAAGAAGAGGAAGGAGAGGGUGAUGAGGAUGAAGAUGAGGAUGAAGAUGAUGAUGAGCUGGGUGGAGGAACAAAACGAGCUGCUGAUGAUGAUGAUGAAGAUGAUGAGGAUGACGUCGACCCCAAGAAGCAGAAAACGGAUGAUGAUGAUUAAGGGAGUGUUUCGUACUGCUGAGCAGGUGUAGAUGCCUCUGCUUUAACACAACUGGUUAAGCCAGUGGCAAAAAGGACUCAAAUACAUAAAACAUGGUCAUUUUCAAGUUUGUCACUCAUGUCCAGCAUCUGACCCCAAUUCAAAAUUUUCUAGAGGACCGACCGCAACCCAGAUUUCCAACAUUUGCAAUGAAAUACACAAGACAAGGAUUUGUUUGUAUUUUUAUUUACAUUUUAUAUUUUUGUACAUAUUGUGAAGAGAUCAGUCACUUUAUCAUGAUCUCCUGUGACCAAAACGGUGCUUCUAUAUGAAAUUUUACUUGUUUGACCAUGUCUCGAUAUUUCAACAUAAGACAACAUGUAUAAAAUCAACAGCCAUUGAACUCUUGAGCAUUCCAGUAAAUUUUAUGUAUGAACUUUAGUUGUACCAUAAACUAGUUUUUGUAUGGGUGGGCUAGGCCAAAGAAAAGGAGUUUUGGUUUCUUGUUAUUUUGUCUACAUUAUUUGUUUUACCCUGGCCUGUUUGUUGUAUGUGUGAAGUUUGUUGUUCAACAAUAAACUUAACUUUUAUUUUGUGA